GCAAUAUCCGGUUGUGCAGCAGCCAUUUUGUCUGUUCGGGCAAGUCUACCCUGACGGUUGUGAACUGCAGUUCCACCCUCGGAAACAAGUUGAAAUGUUGUUGUGGCAUUUCUAUUUGACGCUAUCUAUUAUCUGAACGCCACAUAAAAUUUACAUCUCAAAUUUACAAUCCGAAGAGGGGGCUCCUCUUCGAGAUAAAUCCACAAUUGUGCGUGAAAAGCGCGGGUCAGCAGAGACAUGUCGUGUGAAGAAAGCUACUUGGCCAUCAUACGCUAUCUGACUGAUGAACGGGAGCCAUAUGCGCCGGGGACGCCCGGUAAUACCAAGAGAAAAAUACGCAAAGCGGCUGCCUGCUACGUUGUCCGAAACGGGACGCUGUUUUACCAGCGUCGAUUAAAAGGCCAGAAUGAUUUCACCGAGCUGGAGGUGGUGCUACAGGACGCCCGGAGGAAGGAACUUAUCACCGAGGCGCACAUUAUGGAGGGAGGGGAGCACCUCAACCAGCAGCUCACUUGGGAGUACAUCUCUCAGAAGUACUGGUGGAGAGGUAUCCUGAAGCAUGUUAAAGACCACAUCAGAGAGUGUGCUCAGUGUCAGAGCAGGCGCGGUGCAGAUGAUGGUUCUGGACCUCGGCUGUUCUCCCAGCAGGGAAGACGCAGGGCGGCCGCCAACAUGGAUGAGGAAGAGAACGAGGAAGAGGGAGAAGAAGACUCAGCUGAGACCAAGACGAUGGCCGCCGCCAAGCACGAACUGGUCUUUGUGGACAGCAAGGGUGAGGUGAAUCAGUUCAUGCCUAAGCACAGCCAAACAAUGUUGGAAAAACUUAACCAGCAGCGUCUCAGCAAUCAGUUCUGUGAUAUCACACUGCUGAUUGAAGGAGAAGAGUACCGUGCACACAAAGCUGUACUGGCAGCAUGCAGUGAAUAUUUCAGUGAGCUCUUUUUUGAGAAGGGGGCAGUGACCACACAUGAAGCUGUGGUCGACCUCUCUGGUUUCACCAAAGGUAGCUUCCUACCGCUGCUGGACUUUGCAUACACUUCCAUGCUAACUUUUAAUUUCUGCAUCAUGGCAGAUAUUGCUAACCUUGCCCGGCAUCUGCUGAUGACAGAGGUGCUGCAGAUAUGCGAGUCUGUGCAUAAGCAGGUGGAGGAGCAGAAGCUGACUGUGUAUCAAAGAGGCAAUGUGCACACCGUGGUGUCGAGCCAGCUGGUUUCUGAGGAAGGUCAGAAGGAUGAGUCUGGUGCUUAUAUGGUGACCAUAGAGAGUGAUGGCAGAGCAGUGGUCACCCAUAGUGGUGUUGCUGUAACAUGUGAAUCUUUGGCUUUUGUUGCACCUCCCAAAGAGUCCUACGUCGAGCAGCCAGUGACAGUGGUCACUGAAGCUGUAGAGGGAGACAAAGUGCACAGUGGACAGGCUGGACAAAGUGAAACACUGACUCUGAUCGCUCACACUGGACAGGCCGAGACGGGAGACACCGUCACUCUGAUCUCCGGCAGUGCAGAAGGAAUUAACGGGGAGACCAUGACUGUGGUCACCCACAGUGGGCAGGCUGGAGCCAGAGAGUCCCUCGCGUCUGCCUGCCUGGCGAUGGCCCAGCCACUGGUCACUGAAGGAGGAGCCUUUGUUAUAAAUGUAGACCCAGACAAAGUAAGCCCAUCAGAGUCCAUCAAACUUCUGUCUGCAGCCACCGCUGAAGCAGUGACAUUGCCUCAGGAGCAAAUGGAAUCAGCACCUCUGCCCCAAAAACGCAAACGAGGGCGUCCAGCCAAGAUGAAGAAGGUGGGGCAAGUGGAGGAGUUCUUACCGCUGGAGAAGGAGGAUCCCUCUGAUGAAGGCUGUGCAGACAGACAGGAGAUGACAUCAGAUGACCCAAACAAAAGACGACUCCGGCAGCGCUCUAUUGUAGAGGGAGGUUAUGCUCGUUUACAUAUGGGGCUGGAGGACGAAGAGGAGGGAAAGAAAGGUCCAACCCCAGCGAGUGCCCCCACACCUAAGGUUGGUCUGAGGCCUGGAAAACGGGGGAGACCACCAAAACAACCUUUGGAGAGUCAAGCAGAGGGUCCGUCUGUGUCUGAAUCUGGGCCAGAACCAGAAGCCAGCGCUGGGGACUGCAUGACAGUCAGAGAGGUCAGAGCAGAGCAGGCUGGGAUGAAGGAGGCAGAGCCUGAGACCGGAACCAAGCAGGGUCAAACCCCAGCAGAGAGUGCUGUGGAUGGGGAGCACACAUGCUCUGAGUGUGGCAUGUCUUUCCAAAGACGCUACUCUCUCAUCAUGCACACAUUAAAGCAUGAGAAAGCUCGUGGAUACAAGUGCAGUCUGUGUAGUAAGGAGUUCCAGUACGCUGCCUCGCUCCGAGCCCACCUGGCCCGACACAAGCAGCAGAGCAGCCAGCGAGCACCCGUCACCAAGCCCUCUGUAGAACUGAGCUCUGAGGGGAAGUCUGACAAUGAUUUGGAUGACAAGACUUCAUCUCCACAUACCAAAAGAGAAUUUGUGUGCGACAUCUGCGGGAAGACCUUGCCCAAGCUGUACUCACUGCGGAUCCACAUGCUGACUCACACGGGCGUGCGGCCUCACUCCUGUAAGGUCUGCGGCAAGACGUUCGCCCACAAACACAGUCUGAAAAUGCACAGGGCGCUGCACGAUGUCAGCAAACAGUUCCAGUGUGGGUUCUGUAAGAAGUCUUUUGUGAGCAAGCGGAGCAUGGAGGAGCACACCAGUGUUCAUACAGGUGAAUCAAAGUACCUCUGCAACACAUGUGGAGCCACUUUCCAUCGAGCCUCAGCUGUGAGCAAACACCUGAAGAAGCACCAGCCCAAACCUGACGUCCGGCCUUUUGCUUGUUCUCACUGUGAUAAGAGGUUCUACGAAGCAAAGGAUCUCCAGCAGCACAUGAACAAGCAUAUGGGUCUGAAGCCCUUCCAGUGCCAGGUGUGUGGGAAGUGCUACAGCUGGAAGAAGGACUGGUACUCCCACGUCAAGUCCCACAGUGUGGCUGAACCCUUUAAGUGUAACGUGUGCGGGAAGGAGUUCUUUGAGAAGGCUCUGUUCAGGAGACACAUUAAAAAAGCCACACACGGGAAGAAGGGCAGAGUAAAGCAGAACCUGGAGAGAGAAUGUGAGCAGUGUGGCAGGAAGUUCACUCAGCUCCGAGAGUACAGACGCCACAUCAACAACCACCAGGGAGUGAAACCAUUUGAAUGUCUGACGUGUGGCGUUGCCUGGGCUGACGCACGCUCUCUAAAGCGCCACGUCCGCACACAUACGGGAGAACGGCCGUACGUGUGCCCCAUGUGUCAGGAGGCCCACAUCGAUGCCCGCACUCUACGUAAACACAUGGCCAAGUACCAUGGGGACAGUCUGCCUGGGAAAAUCAUGCUAGAGAAGGACACCCUCCAGUUCCAUAACCAGGGUACCCAGGUGGAGCACGCCGUCAGCAUCUUAGCAUCCGAACUGCCUCCUGAGCUCCAGCCGGCCCAGCAGACACACUCAGAGGAGAUAGAAACUGUCCUGAUCACAGAAGAGACAGUGGAGGCUGUGGAGGCCGUGCAGGCCGUGCAGGCUGUGACCGAUGGCUCGGUGGCAACACUCUCAGAUCAGGGCAUCAUGCAGGUUGUGAACUAUGUCCUGGCACAGCAGGCCCUCACAGGGGGCAAGCUUGAGCAAGGAGCCGAGGUGAUUCAGACCAUGGAGGUGGAGGUGGCUCAGGUGGCUGAGGUCGAGUAAGUUCGGGCAGGGGAUCAGGAUUCUGCCACACAGACAGACCACACUGUUGUUCAGUCGGCAUAAAAUGAAACCGUAUGUAAAAAGAUGCUUAUUUUUCUGAAAUUGUACAAAGUGCCACCGAGCCAUGAGUGGAGGAUUCAGCCCAGAAUUGUUUGUGUGUCCAUGUGUUCACAUUUCUAUGUCGUGUGUAAAUAGUUGCAUAUACAGUAACAAGGUUCAUUUGUGACUUUAAGAAAUUUGGCACUUGGGAGAAAUAAAGGCAGAAAUAACACAAUACUUGGACAACAUGUAUU